CAAUAGUGAGUGGUGCACACUUCCUUCAAACACGUGUUUCACUGGGACAAUAGUGAGUGGUGCACACUUCCUUCGCCCGGCCACAGAAGAAAAAAGAAAGAGUUGCUGGUGUAACAAUAGGAAGAAUAUAUUCCACUCCUCUCUUCUACACGCGGCUUAUGAGAUGAACGCUCGUCAAGAAGAACGUCCCCUUCAGCAGCAGGAGGAUCCACAGCCCCCCCACAUUAAAGAGGAAGAGGAGGAAGUGUGGAUCAGUCAGGAGGGAGAGUGUCCUGUAGGGCAGGAGGAGGCUGAUGUCAGCAAGUUUCCACUGACUGUUGUCUCUGUGAAGACUGAAGAGCAUGAAGACAAACCACCUGAGUCCUCACAGCUUCAUCACAGUCCAAACGUCUGUGGAGAACAACGUCUGCCUGAAAAAAAGAAGUGUAGCUUCAGGAUGGUGGAGGAUCCUUCAAAGAGGAAGACCAGACGCCACGGACCCUCUGGCGUCUCCUUCUCCUCUUUGACACAGACCCUUCCCAGUAAAAUGGAAGAGGAAGACUCACUGACGCCCCACAUUAAAGAGGAAGAGGAGGAACACAGCAUCAGUCAGGAGGGAGAUCAUCUUGAAGGACUGGAGGAGUUCCCAGUGACUGGUGUCCCUGUGAAGAGUGAAGAUGAUGAGGUGAAAGGUGAAAGUGAGGAGAGGGGAGGGGGGGAGCCUCCAAGCAGCAGCUCAACACAACACAUGACAACAGAAGCUGAUGGAGACCACUGUGGAGGAUCACAAGCAGACAAGCUCUUAGCUCCACUAUCAGAUAGUGAGGACACAACGUCACACUCUCCUGACACUGAUGAUGAAGACUCUAAAGAUGAUGCAACAUGUCACACUGACAACACUCACUUCACAUGUUCUCUCUGUCACAAAACAUUGAAAUACCAAAGUUCUCUGAAAAGACACAAGAGAACACACACCGGAGAAAAACUUCAUGUCUGUUCAAUCUGUAGUAAAAGUUUUGUACAAAGAAACAAUUUGGAAGUACACAAGAGAACACACACUGGUGAAAAACCCUUUUCCUGUUCAACCUGUGGUAAAGGUUUUACACAACGUCAGAAUUUGAAAAGACACAAGAGAACACACACCGGAGAAAAACUUCAUGUCUGUUCAAUCUGUAGUAAAAGUUUUGUACAAAGAAACAAUUUGGAAGUACACAAGAGAACACACACUGGUGAAAAACCCUUUUCCUGUUCAACCUGUGGUAAAGGUUUUACAGAACUUCAGAGUUUGAAAAGACACUUGAGAACACACACUGGUGAAAAACCCUUUUCCUGUUCAACCUGUGGUAAAGGUUUUACAGAACUUCAGAGUUUGAAAAGACACAAGAGAACACACACUGGUGAAAAACCUUUUUCCUGUUCAACCUGUGGUAAAUGUUUUACACAAAGUAACAGUUUGAAAGUACACACUAGAACACACACGGGCGAAAAAUCACAUUCCUGUUCAAUCUGCAACAGAAGCUUUUGUGACCGAUCUAACCUUUUAGCACACAUGAGAAGACACCCAGGAGAGAAAGUGUUGAGUUGCAGUGUGUGUGGUGAAAGAUUGUCUUCUAAGUACCAGUGUAAGAAACACAAGUGUGCUGGUGAGAACAGCAGCAGCAAAUGAAACUGCAGGAUGUGUAAUAAACUGUCCAGACUUUCAUUUUGACUUUCCAACAGGAUAGGUCUUUAUUGUCAUUGCACAAGUACAACGAAACUUUGUUUUCAGCACAAACCUGCUCAAGAUUAGACGAACAAACAGUGUACAGGGUUACAGAACAAGAACGCUGAUGGGUCGCCAUAAGGCGCCCCUUAAAAGAUGGGACAAAGGUAAACGCUGGGGAAGGAUGAGUAAAAAAAUACAAUCUAGACUGGGCUCCUAAGAGGGCCCAGUCUGGAGUGGGAAAAAACCUCCAUAGCAAAGCACAUAUACAUAUUACAACAUACAUCUCGAGAUAUCUAGCAACAGAGGGAAGGUAGUUCAAGGUCAUGGUGGUAGGUCGCAGCUCUCAGGCGCUGACCAUCCAUUCAUCACCGUUGCGUCUCGUCCAAAGUUCACAACAACAGGUGUGUGUCCAUGAAAGACAAAAAGGGAGUUUGUUGUGUCUUCGCUGCGCUGUCCUUCGGGACAGUCUCGAAGCCAGGGAAACAAUCCAAGUUAGAAUGAUUUGUAUGCGAGUGAAAAUAAAAUUAGCUUUUCACUCUAAAACUGUCUAUGACUGGUCCUCAAAAACUGCGGGGUAGACAGUCCGAUGUAAUCCACAGUUCUUCCCGCAUCCUCCAAUCAUUUGUGGCAGCUUUGGGGUAUCUUGGAGACUUCCAGCAACUUCCAAUUUGUCGACAAACCAGAGCAACACUUACUCCAAUCAGCAGAUGUCCUGUUGUCAUAAUUCCCAAUAGGUGGAUAUCUUCAUGUCCUCGACAGAAAAGGGUCGCCUGGCACGCGGUCCUCCUUCUUCUCCCAAGAGUCCGUGGUGUGUCCAGGAACAACCGCUUCGUCACGACAGCAGGUUCCCCCAAACCCAAGAUCUUGUCAAUUUUGUUGAGGCCAGUUAAAUAGUUCCAAUGUUUAGAUUUGGA